AUGGUCAAGGACAGGAGCACUCCUGCUCCAUUCCCUCCACUCCUGGGCUCAUCCAUGUCCCCAGCACCAGUGGCUCUGGUUCUCACCCACGUGGUCCUCGCUGUUGUGUUGGGUGAUAAAAGAGGUGACAACCUGCCAUCAUGUCCUCUGCACUGGUGGAGGUCUCUCCCUGUCCUGGAAUUGUGGUGCUGGCUGCAGCUCAGCCAGCUCUGUGUUUUGGGUGGUGAUGGAGAUCUCAGGUGCCAGGGAAGAGCUGGAGCUGCUGCUGCCAUUGCUGGCUGAGUUUGCUCCACUGACCAAACCCUCCCUUGUCUGUGGCAGAGGAGAGAAGCCUCAGCAGACCUGGAUAUCACCGAAAAGGAGAAGGAAUACAGGGCUAAAGUGGAGAUCAGGCACCUGCAGACUCAUUUCCAUCAUGAAGCCUACAAGAGGAAAUUCUUCGACGCCGAAAUCUGGCGGCAGAUGCAGGCUCAGGAAAAAGAAAUAGCUGAUCUGAGGCAAGAGCACGGACAUGUGACAGCAACGCUGAAGCAGCUCUAUUCACCGAGCAGCAUGGUGUUUGUAAACAGGAAUCGCAUGAAGGUCCGAAACCUCUUGCAGACCAGCAUGCAGAAUGAUGCCCUGAUCAAAGAGAGAAAAGCCCAGUUGGCUGACCUGGCCAAGCAGGUUCUAGAGCUGGAAAAAAAGAUAGCGAGUCAAAGAGAAUCAAACUGGAAGGAGUUGGGAGCAAAGACCCGCAAACAGCUGCAUAAGACGAUUGAGUUACUGGAGAUGCGUCUGCGUCAUGUCACUGUGUGUUACAACGCCGUCGUGGCCAGGAACAACAAGCUCAGAGAGGAGACUGCCAGCCUGCAGAUCCAGAAAGCCAGUUUUGACAACCUCUACUGGAAGCUGGAGAGAAGCCUGGUCCAGCAGAACAAGCUGCUGAACGCUGCUAUCGAGCAAGCCACAGAGGACUACGACCAGUGGAUGGAGGAUCUGGGGCGGAUCUCGGACAUCCGGGACGUGCGCUACAGGGAAACCAUCCAGUACAACAUCAGGCUGCUGGAGAGGAAGUGUGCCCUCCACCAGGAGAGCAGGCUGAAGAACUUCUUCCUCAGCAAAUGUGCAGAUCUCUCUGUAUUGAAGGAACAGGCCAAAGCGAGAGAAGCCUUUGAGGCAGCUGAGAGGGCCAAAGCGAGCCAAAAGGAGAGCUAUGAGGUGGCCUACAAGCGUCUGCUGGAGCUGUCGGAUGGAAACAUCGAUGAUUUCUUGGAGGACUUCCUUGAGAAGGACAGGAGAUUCUUCAUCCUCUUUAACUUUGCCAUUAGGCUGAACGUCAGGAAUGAGAGUCUCAGGCAGAGGAUCGAGGCCGUCCAGGAUGAUAUGGAGGCCAUGACAACGGAGAGGGAACAGGCAGAGACAAACCAGACUCAGGUCCUGCAGGAGCUGAAGGCAAAAAUAGCAGAGACCACCAAGGAAGCCAACAAGUACGAGAACAAAUACAGGGAGAGCAGCCAACUCCUGGGACAGAUCCAAUCUCGCAUUGAGACCCUCUUGACGGAAAUGGACUGUGACACUACAAAGAUAGUGAAGCCUCUUGGGGACAGCUUGGUGCCAGUUUUUGGCCCCGUGGAGAACAAGGUCAAGGAGUUUCUGAUGAGGGAGUCCCUGCUGCGCUACACCUCCCUGGACCGCUCCCAGCGUGCCCAGGGCUUCGUCAGCCCCCUCCGGGAAGCCUCCAACCACCUCUGGGCCAUGGACAGGACCAAGCUCUGCCCACCCCCCCCAGACCUGGAGGAGAGCGCUGACCCCAGAACCGCGGAAGAGCCGCUGGGCCGGGAAGAGCUGCGGGAGCUCGUCAUCCAGAGGCAGCAGGAGGAGGUGAGCAGGCCCCCCAGCACGGGCAAGAAGAAGAGGAAGUUCACAUCACCCGGUGCAUCAGGGAGCCCAUCAGGGUCCAAGACCCCAGCAGGGAAUUAA